AUGAUCACAACAACAUGGCGAUGGGCAAAAGCCGUCGCGUCGCCAUCAUUGGCGCUGGCGUCUCGGGGCUUGGGCUCGCGAUCCAGCUCCAGCGCUCGGGCCGGCAUGACGAUGUCGUGCUCUUUGAGAAGGCGAGCGACCUCGGCGGGACGUGGCGCGACAACACGUACCCCGGCGCCGAGUGCGACGUCGAGGCCGAGCUGUACACGUUUUCGUUCGAGCCCAACCCGUUGUGGUCGGCGACGUACCCGAGCCAAGCCGAGAUCUUGGCGUACCUCGAGCAUUGCGCGACCAAGUAUGACGUCCGACGCCGUAUCCGCUUCAACACGACGAUCGACCACAUCGUAUACGACGCGACAAGUCGCACGUACCUUCUCACGACCACCGCCGGCGACAGUGAGACCUUUGACGUCGCCGUCUCGGCCGUCGGGUUGCUCCACCGACCGUUCGUGCCCGAGAUCCCCGGCGCGUCGACGUUUGCUGGCGCGGCGUUUCACUCGGCCGCCUGGGACCACAGCGUCGAUUUGCGCGGUAAGCGGGUUGCACUCGUCGGGUCGGCCGCCAGCGCCAUCCAGAUCGGGCCUGCGCUCGCACCGAUCGCGUCGCAGCUGGUCCUCUUCCAGCGCAGUGCCCACUGGGUGAUCCCAAAGAGCGUCCGUCGCUUUUCGUCGACCGAGAUGUGGCUGGCGCGCCGCUGGUCGUGCUACCACCGCGCGCGGCGCUGGUUCUGGUACCUCCUCCGCGAGCGCAUCGUGUACUUUGUGCUCUGGCGUCACUACGUGGGAUGGCUCCGGGUGAUCUUUGCCUGCGGCUCGCAGCUCUUCUUGCGGUGGCACGUAGGCGACCCAGCGACGCGCGCCCUGCUGACGCCGUCGUACCCGUUUGGCGGCAAGCGCGUCUUGGUCUCGGACGACUACUACCCCAUGUUCAAGCGCCACAACGUGUCGAUCGAGUCCAAGCCGAUCGCGCGCGUCAUGGCCGACGGGCUCACGACGACCGACGGCGCUGUCCACAAAGUCGAUGCGAUCGUCUUUGCCACCGGGUUCACGCCCACGUCGUUUCUAACGCCCAUGGGCGUUCGCGGCGUCGGUGGCCAGCGCCUCCACGACGCCUGGGACGGCUACCCGCACGCGUACCUCGGCAUGCAAGUGCACGGGUUUCCCAACUUUUUCAUGAUGUAUGGGCCCAACACCAACUCGGCCCACAGCUCGAUCGUGCUCAUGAGCGAAGCGCAAGCCAACUACAUUGUGCAGUGCUUGCGGGCGCUCGAUGCGCAAAACGCGGACGUGAUGGACGUGACGAGCGAGGUGAACGGAGCGUACCAGCGCGAGAUGGCGCGCCGCUGCGAGACCAUGAUCUGGGCCGACGUCGCCGCGUCACCAUACAAGGACGCGACAAGCGGCAGAAUCACAACCAUGUGGCCUGGCCCGAUGCGCGAGUACGUCGCUCGGACGCGCAGCGUCAACGUCGGCGACUACACGUUUGGUUGACGCGCGAUCACUUUUUGUUCGAGCAGUUGUAUGUCAAGCCAUUAUUUUAGCAAGGUCAUAAACUCUUGGCUUUAGCUAUGAACAAUAAGCUAAUUGUCUAUUAGAUUUACUCUA